AUGGCAUCUUCCUCCCUGUCCCCUUCUUUUCAACCCCCUCGGCGCAAAAAGCCUCGCUACUGCGACAGGUUUAUGCCCACGACAUCGCCAUUGACUCCUUAUUUUCUCAUCACCCCGCCUCUUUCUUCCAAAAAACUUGUGCCUCCUUCUUCUGGAGACAAGAAAAAAAAUGUUUUCAGAAACGGCUCGACAGCAAAUGCUGCUAUCAAUGCUGCGGCUCAAGCUCCUGCGCCGCAGCUACCGCGUUUGGGUCACUUACUCCACACAAUGGCCGAUGUGGAACAGAAUGUACCUGACGUGCGCCGAAAUCAGAGAAUUGACGGGAGCUUGGUGUCACUUUUGGGGCCAUUGGGACCACCACCACAGUCUCUAGUGCUUCCGCUAGAUAAUGUUUUUAACUUGCUUGAUUUAUCUUCAGACAGUAGUAGUAAUAACAACAAUAAUAAUAACAGCAACAAUGUUAAUGAUGCAGAAUUUGAAGAAGACACUUUUGAUACCCAUGUACCCACUUUAACUGGAGUUCCUGGGAUACCCCAAGAUUCGAUGCAAACACCAGUCCCCCAAGCUUCAGUUGCCGUGCCUCCAUCUGAUAUUUCAAAAAAAAUUGGUCAUCACAGACAUGGCCAUAAGAUUGCCAAAGCUUUGGGAUUUCAAAACCCCUCAAAGGUAUUUUCCUACCAAUCACCUCAAAGAAGCCAUUUCCAAAACGGCUCGUUUUCACAAUCUUCUGUUUCGUCAGCUGCUGUCACUUCCGCUUCAUUGAGUCCUAAUAACAUUUUUAGUCCUGCUCCAGAUUCUGCAGCCUCAUCUACAUCUUCGUCGUACUUUUAUAGCUAUACCCCAUCAGGUGCGGAUCACAAACCCUCUUCAGUGGCUUCUUUGAGGUAUUUGGAAAUGAGCGGACCAGUAGCUAGACUUUUGCAAUCCUCUCAGUUUCAGCAUCCGUCUACAGGUGACACAUUUUCAAGUGUUUGGGGCGUAUAUGAUGAUGAGUACUUUGACACUUUUGAAUCUGUGCCAGUUAAUUUGGGAGACCAAGGAAUUGAGGAAGACGACGAAGACAAUUACUAUUAUUUUUAUGAUGGUGAUGACUUUACACAUGGAACCGGUGCCGGAAUCGUCCUGCCACCUUCUCAAGCGAACUCAGGUGCUGGUGCGAGGGCGCACGGUUUGAGAAACACUGUGGUUCCUCGAGAUUAUGGAGGUGCGGCUAUAACUACCAGUAACACAUCCAACACAUCCGGACGAGUAUACAACCACAUUCCGUACCGCAUACUUGAUGCCCCUGGGCUUCGAAACGAUUUUUACUCAAACCUAGUGACAUGGUCUGGAGUAACAGGUCAAGUAGCUGUUGGGUUACUCGACGAAGUAUAUGUGUGGAGUGAAGGUAAUGGUGCGACUCUUUUACAGACUCCCACGGGAUACGGAGACGUGACAAGCGUUGUUUUUGCCCCAGUAGGGAUGUUUGCUAUCCCAAACGUUGUUGUACCUCAAGGAUUUGAGCCACCACAAAAUGUACUUGCAAUCGGGUACAAGGAUGGAACUCUAGUGUUGUAUAAUGUGGGAACGGAAAGUGUCUUGGGUGCUUAUACAUUGGCAUCGGCUCCUGUUAGCUUUUUAUGCUGGUUCCCGUUGUUGAAUGAGGAACAGCAGCAAUAUCACAGAAACUCUUCGGAUGAUUUAUUUGGACAGUCCCCAGAUAUGCCUGUAUCUUUGGAGUCUAGUUCAAUGACAUCUGACCCAGCAUCUAACGAAACAAGUCCAGGUCAAGACCAACAAAUGCUACGUGCUCGUUAUAUUUUGAUUGGAGAUGAUCGAGGAGCUGUGACUCGGUUACAUUUAGAAUGGCGAUUUCAAGAAAAUGGGAGGCCCAAAGUGGAUAUUACUGUGGGUGAGGUUCUCAAGGGACACACAAUUGCUUUUAGUUUGGACCAGAAACAAGUUGCAGUUGGGGGAAAUGACAACUUGGUGACGAUUUGGGAUGUAAAGGAUUGGGGUAGGCCUACUCUAGUCCAUAAGCUGGCACACAGGGCAGCUAUUAAAGCAAUGGAAUACUGUCCCUGGGCACCAUAUCUUUUGGCCACUGGUGCCGGGUCUCAAGACCGUGCUCUUAGAUUCUGGCACACAAGAACAGGCACGCUGUUGAAAAAAAUUGAAACUAAAGGCCAAAUCACAUCGGUGAUUUGGUCUCGACAUAAACGCCAGCUUGUGGCUACGUUUGGGUUUCACGAUAACGAGAACCCGAUUUUGCUUGCUGUGUAUGCGUUCCCGCAGUAUGCGUUGGGAGCCGUACCUAUGGACUUCGGUGUUUCUGAUAGUGUGACUGGAAGAAUCCCCACAGGCAUGGCUUCAGAGCGACUAUCAACUGAAAUACCUGGAAGAAAUACCGGCACGCCCGACUUGGCGACAGCAGGAACUCGAGAUUCCGAAACAACAAUAACAACCACAAAUACUUUGGUAGAAUCCGCACCUUUGAUGGCAGGAAGAGUGUCGAGAUCGGAACGGUUGCGUGAUGGGUUUGGUGAUAUGGGUCGGAUUCCCCGAAUGCGUAGACUUCGAGGACGGUCUCAAAUGGGUGCUGCUCCAUCACCGUUCUUAUCGUUGACACCUUUGCAUCGCAGACCACGACACGCACCAGCGGCUGCCGCUGCUGCCGCUGGAGGAAGUGGUGGGGGUGGGGCCAGCGGGGCUAGUGGAUUGUUGCAGUUGUUGCAAAGUCAUGCACAGCAGUAUCAGCUCCAGCAGCUGUUGCGACAUCCACGUGCAAGCCACCGGGCCCGAAGGCCUCCUGCCUCGCGACCGUUGAUGCAAGUCCCUACACCAUCGGGGUUGCGUGUUUUGUCUGCAACUAUGUCGCCGGAUGGUACUUGCAUAUGUGUUGCGACAAAUGACGAGACUGUGAGGUUUUUUAAAUUGUGGAAUGGAGAAGGCCCUCGGGUGCCCAUGACGAUGUGGCAGUCGGUGUACCAUCCCAACAGUCGAGUUUUGGAGAGUGAUUUGAUUGAGUUUCGGGAAGGGAUCGAAAAGGUGAAUGAAAUUAUUCGAUAA